AUGGCAAGUAUUAUAGCUCUGUUCUUGCUUACACUGUCUUUCGGUCUUCUGUGGAGGAUUCUAACGAAAAUUGUUGAUCGAAGCCUUCCUCCAGGCCCGCCUAGAGUGCCGCUUCUGGGUCACUUGCAUUUGCUGGGUGUUCUUCCUCACAAAUCUCUCUCGGAUCUCUCAAGUAGAUAUGGCCCCGUCAUGUUGCUCUGGUUUGGUUUUGCUCCAACGCUUGUGGUCUCUUCCCCAGAUGCUGCAAGAGAAGUUCUGUGCACUCAAGAUCUUGCCUUUGCUUUAAGUAAGGACUUGGGCUGGACCAGCUAUGGUCCCUAUUGGAGAUUGAUGAGGAAGGUCACCACUGUGGAACUCUUCACUGCAAAAAGGCUCGAGGAAUCCAGAAUGGGCGACUGCUUUCCAUUCCUCUCGUGGCUUGGCAGCCUGAUCCGAAAGAUGAUCUCGGCUCACUCGAAACUCGAAUCUCGUGGGGGUCAGAAGAUCCAACACUUGGGCGACACACUGCACUCUCGGAAUGCAGCCGUUGGUGUUCCAGGUCUUCUUCAGCGUAUUGGGAUCUGUAGUGGUGUCUUUCCCAUGCUGUCGAGACUUGGUGGGAUUGAUGGUAUGAGCAUUGCUGAUGAUGAUCGUCUGGGGCCGUUGGCUGUUUGGUUGUCGCGUGGUAAAGCUGCCGGCCUCCUCCAUUGUUGGUAG